UAACCACCAAGACAGUUGUUCCCGAAGCAAGUAGAGCUCCCCCUGGUGUCUGUCUGUGGUACAGGUCAUAAGUUCCACCCCUUCCAGGUUAGUGGGCGGGUCUUGGGCCUGUCAUACUGACACAUUUCAAGUGUUUUCGUUUUAGUUAUUUGACGCUGUAGAAACAGGAUGUGACAUCAUGAAGAUGAUCAGUUGCCAUGCCAACCGCUCCAUAGGGCAUUCCUGUAGAAGUGUGGAAGUAGGAAAAACCAUAAAAAAAUAAACAUAUACAGUAUAUUAUCCAAUGUUGCUUAGUAACUGGCCUGAAUGAAAUGGAUUGUUAGCUCAGUCCAUGGAUUUAAGACGUGGUUUCGUCUUCAUCUAUAUUAUGAUCAAAUAACCAAUCACCUGUGUUUGUCUUGUAUGGCUCAAAUAAUAGCUGCUGUAUGGACGACUUCAUAGACAAAACAACAUGAAUGCUAACCAGCGUUGACACACGUACAAUAAUUAUCUUAUUUGUACCUGUACUAUUCAAUUAAAUUAAAUUCAGUUUUAUUUAUUUAGCACCAAUAACAAUACAAAUGCUGCAACCUCCAGAGCAGCCUAUUGAUCUUUACGAUCAGUAAUUCCAGACAUCCCAUAAUGUACUCUUUAGUACAUGAGUGUUAGCAAACACAAACAGUGCUGAUAGUGUAUUUGAAGGCUGCAUUGUAAGCGCUACUAUAUGGUCUGUGGUCAUGUUUUACUGUAGCUGAUGUUCCUGGGCAACGUCACAUCGGGUAUGUACGAUGUUCUUCCUCAAAAAAUGAUCAUUUUAACAUUCUGGUACGACAACUUGUCAUUUCCCAUCUGGCAACACUGAUGCUAACCACAGUGAUGAGCCACCAGAGGUGAUUAAUCACAGUGUGGACACGUUUUCAGGGAUGACAGCUUUCCCUCCAGAUGCGACGGAAUAAAACAUGAAGAUGGUGUUUGGCCGACAUGUGUGGAGGAGCGAGCUAUGACUUGCAUCAGGCAGGAAGUCUGUGCACAGGUGAAAUUAAUAACCUCCAUUAAAUUCAAAGGAGAACUCGAGAAGGCGUGCAUUUUAAUUUUUGAUUUAAUAGCUAAAGAACUUGAGUUAUCCCACAGCAUUAUCAGGAGCCAAUGAACGUUAGCAUGUUUCCGGCCUGACGGUAUGGCUAACAGGUUCCCUUGUGUCAGGUGGCCAGAAACAUGCUAACGUAGAAGCUAAACGUUCACCAGUUAAAGCUUCCAGCUCUGUUUGUCUGCUUGACCCGAGAUCAGGAUAAAGUUGAGUGGUUCAGGACUGUGUCAGGAGAAGGAAGUUGUUUAAGGGGAAAUCUUCCAAGUGUCAUUUCCCUUUGUGAGACCUGUAAUCUCUGGACAAACAGCUUUGCCCCUGGGCUGCAAGAUCUAAGCCUCAGGUCAUGAUGGAGCCAGAAUAAAUAUCCUGGAGGAUAAAUAUGCACCCGAGGAAGCAUCUCAGAGUGAUUACAUCCUUCUAAGUUCACCAAACGUUCUCAGAGUAGAUUCUUGUUCUGCUGUGAAUGAACUCGGCUUUUAAUAUCAGUUCCACACCAACAAGCUGAGCAACAAAUGUCUGAACACGUCUUCCUGUUGAACAGAUAAAGAACAUUUAGACGCCGUUUGUCUUGUUAAGCUGAUGGAAAGACCAGAACUAUGGGGGGUAAAACCAAAUCAAAUUGAAAAAAUGAACCUAUUAGGUGGCAUCGCUGCUGCCAUGGGAACGAACACAGGCCUGGAGUUUUCUCUUCUCUCUGCCUUUAACGCUGGAAACGGUUCCACUGGAUCUUAACCAGCUGUGGAGCAUCUGCCUCGCAGACAUUUUUAAACAGAGUGUCCCGCCACUGCAAUAAGGUCGGUCACAUAAUCUGUCCUCCAAGUUUCACAGGGCGUUGUUUGACAACCAGUCGCUAGAAAUUCACCUGAAGAAGGAAAGUUUCCUUCCUUUUUUUUAAUUUUUUUUUUACAGCUUUCAAGCUGUUUUUUUUAAUGCAUUGAGUCACUCUUAAACCACUAUAUAUGGGGUGGCUUCUUAUAUUUAAAGUUAGGCCUCCCUCUAGUGGAGUGAAACUGUAUUACACAUUGGCACCUUUUGUCUGUUUCACUGAUUCUCAGUUGACUUUUCUAUAUAUACUUAUUUUAUGGAAAAACGUUUCAGAUGAAAUUAUUAAGUUUAAAAACUGGAUCAUUAGAAGCUACACGUUACUGUGACAGUCACUGCAUUUACACGCAGCUGUUUAAUAAAACCGUCUCGUCUCCAAAUGAUAAAUAUAAGGUUUGCCCCUAAAAUAAAUUCUGUCUUGUUCAUUCAAACCAGGCAGGUUCAUGCAAGAGAUGAAAAUCAAGAUCUGCAACAACACCGUGCUGACAUUCUGAAUAAAGAUAUCAGCUGUAACAGAAAGAGCUCAGACCCGUCAGCGUGAUGAGGAGAAAGACUUGUGAAGGUUUAACAUCAGUUACUGAGGAAGUUGUGUUACUGUCACACAAAAAAUAACUAAAUACAGCUUUAAUUUUAACACGGUAACGUAAUUUGCUUUUCAGCCAAGCUGACGUGAGUCACGUGUCAGAUUAUCUGGAUCGUGCUUUAACUUGAAUGAAUAGAACUGAAAGGUACCAGAUACACAGCUGUAAAUGUAAUCGUGUGCAAACUGGACAUGCAGGACAUUUAAAACCAGGUCUCUCAAGGCCUCAUGCAUGAAGUAAAGAUGAUGGUGGCACAUGCAUCGUGGUCCAAACUAAAUUAUUACAACGACCAAACACAAAGUGAAUCACAGUGAAUUUCAGGGUCUUGGGCCUUAGAACAAUAGACGUAAAUAAUUAAUAACAGUUUUCAGCUUUGAAAACACAAUAAAACAAAUCUGAACAACAAUGUAUGUGGUCCACUGAUGAUGACUAACAUAUCAACAUUGAUUAAUGUGUAUUGGCCCAAUUCAGUAAAGUAAUAAUAAUGAUAAGCUGUUUUCUUUGGUUGUAACUUGACCUUAACAUUAUGUUAAAGUGGAACCACUGCAUGAAAAUCCGGCUACACAUGGACAUGAACUCUGCACAGAACCGUGCUCACACAUCAUACGAUCACAAACACGUGUGGUGUCACAACCGGCUGAAAGCGUUUGGUGCAGACUUUGCUGCAGCCCUGAAUUUUGAAUAAGUGGGAGGUUUUGAGCUCUUGUGUGUUUCAGAGAACGUCUGCUUCUUGAAGCAUGUCCCAUCCCCUUCUCUGCGUUUAAACCAGGCACAGUCUGUCAUAAAUAAUGUUUAUUUCUAGCCUGAUGCAGAUGAUGCUGAAGUUGAGUCUGGGACGAGUCAAGGAGGUGACACAUUCAGAUAACAGAGGCUCUGCUCCCUGUAAAUUAGCAAGUCAUUCUUAUCUGAGAGCUGAUGAACACGAGGCAGGACGCUGAUAACAUGUUGCAGAACGAUGGCUUUUCACAUCUGAGAUGUGGCCCAGACAAAAUGCUUUAGAUAAAAAUACAGCAGGAUGCUAACAGUGUCCUGAGGAAAGGAAACCUUCCUGACUUUAGAUCCAUGCUGGAAGCUGGAAGUCCUUCUCAUCUGAAAUGGAACAAUGGGCUUGAAUAAUACUGAUGCUACAGUAACAUGAGGUUUAUGCUGCUUCUCCUCCACUUAAAGCUCAAACCAAAUGAGCAGGACUUUACAUAGAUAUAAGCAGCCGUCCAUCAGGUUUGAGUAUUAUCAGCCAUCAGCUAAGUCCCCAGAACAACUUCCAGCCCCAUUAGAAAAAUAUGGCCAAUGAUUCAGCCCAUGCAGAGCAUCGAUCAACUAAAUGAAAUUAGGAAAAUUACCACAGACCAAGAGUUAUAUAAUGCUGGGAUUUAUGGGAAGUCUUUUUUUUUCCUCUUUAUAAUAAUAAUAAUAAUAAUAAUAAUAAUCCACGAGUGUCCAGUUUCUUUGUCUGUGGGUUAUUUCUGAAACCAGUGCAGACCAGUGAUGUUAGAUGUUGUUGGUUGUCCUCCACGGUCACGUGGUCCCGCCGAGCAUCCUUGGCACAUCCAGGAGGCUGCGUGGCGCGUCUCUCCACCAGGUCACAGCGUGGACCAGCUCCACCGUGGCCGCGCACAGUCGCAGCACCUCUUGCUUCUCGUGGCCUGUUUUUUCCUCGCUACAGCCGGACUCCCCUCUGAAACCGCAGGUAUGUAAACGCAAACGCGAUCGCGUGGAGUUGCGAGUGGGCAACUGCGCACUGGCAUCAGAGAAAAUGAAGGAAACGACGCUGAGUCGCUGCCUGGCUGCUCGCUGUGCAACAAAGACGCGCAUCAUGUGUUUCCGUAAGUAAAUGGAAGCGUGUGAAAUGGUUCACGUUGAGACACGCAGCCGCGCUGAUCGAUGCCGAGGAGCGGUGCAGGCGCCGUGUCGUGUUCGCCACCAGAGGCGAAAGGCUCCGAGCUCCGUGUUGAUCGUGUGCAGGUGUCUGAUCGGAGGCGGUGGCUCCGCUUCCACUUUGUUCGCGGUCGUUCUCGUGCUGCAGCGUUUUUUAUUAUCGCCCGUGUUGCAGGAAUAUACGUUUGCAUCCAGCGCGAAGAGGAUCGAGAAGCUCAGUAGAUGAAACGUGAGUUCAGUGCGAGGCUGGAGGUGGCUGAGGUCAAAUAAUGACUCAGCAUUAACCAAUCAGUCUGCUGGGAAGAGUAAACAAACCGAGGCGCCCUGGAGGAUUUCCAGAGAAACCUGAAGGGUUAAAGAAUUCUCUGAUUUAUCCUGAUGAGCUGAGGUGAUGCCACCCCAAAGGCUUCUCAGAUCCUCCGCCGUGAAAGAGAAAGGCUGAUCGUCGUCCUCCUCCAGGUCCUCCCUUCCUCCCAUGCUUCCUCCCCCCCGCACACACUGACUCCCACACGCUUGUCACCCUCCACCUCACACAGCCCAUUCCUCACCCGCUCUCUCUCCUCCCAGCUUUAUUUCAGCGACUCUUGCGGACUUUGCUGCAGGCCUCAGUUCUCUGCAGCAGGAGCUCUUUACAGACUGGCUGCUGGCCAGGCCCCAUGGCUACAGGAGGCCAUGCCCCUGACAUAGACGUGUUGAUCAACCUGCAACAGGUGAAGGUGGAGGAGGAAGACGAGGAUGCAUGUGUGGAGGAACAGGAGGAAGAGGAGGAGGAGGAGGAGAACUGGGAGAAAGCUCUGUCUGUGGAGCGCUUUGGAGACAUCAUCAGUGACUCCGCGUCCACGAGUGGGGACAGGAUGGGACGACACUACACGGAGAAAGACUUCGAGUAUCACAGACACACAUUUCACCACACACACCACCCGCUGUCCACACACCUGCCCGUGGCCCAGCGCCUACGCAAGAGGGUGCACAGCACGGACAGGAGGCGCAAAAAGAAGCGCAAGAAAAAAAAGACCUCGCUGCCGCCCUCCGACGUUACUCCCACCAUCCACGAGGUAGACGAGGAGGAGGCGGAGUCUGAGGCGGAGGGACAGGCGGUGGCCGACACGCCCACCGAGCCGCCGGACGUCCAGCCACAGUUUAGUUUGGGGAGCCAGGAGGACUUGGAGGAACCGCUUCCACUCACCACCUUCCACACGGAGAACAAAGAACAUCCACCGUCGCAGAAAGCUGCGCUGACGCUGAUAAAGGGGGAAGCUCAUAACUGGGGAGCUGCUAUCGGACACAAUGAGGACGUAGACGGGGAAGAAGCUGCUUGCAACAGUGUUCCCCCAAGAUCAGAUCCCUCGAGUUCAGCCACAGCCAGUGGCUGGUUCCGCAGGAAGCCCGUCCACCAUCGGCUGCCGGGGGCCCAGCGGAGCAACUAUGACCUGAGGGAGCGGAUCUGCAUCGGCAGCAUGACGGCUCUGGAGACGGCCGUCUACCAGCAGUUACCCACCGACGAGGCCGAGGCCCAGAUGUUGGCCAGCGCUGAUCUGGAUGACAUGAAAAGUCACAGAUUUGAGGACAACCCCGGGGUGCGACGCCACCUGGUGAAGAAGUCGUCCCGAUGCCAGAUGACCCGGACCAACAGCGCCACGCCGCUAUGCAGCCUGAAGAAGAAGAAGAGGGCAGCAGAAAAGAAAAUUCAUGAGUUGUUCGUGGAGCUGAACGAGCUGAUUGUGGAGAAGGACCAUGAAAUGCACUGGAAGGAGCGCGCUCGCUGGAUCAAGUUUGAGGAGGAUGUGGAGGAGGAAACAGAGCGCUGGGGCAAACCUCACGUGGCCUCGCUGUCCUUCCGCAGCUUGUUGGAGCUUCGCCGCACCAUCACACAUGGUGCCAUUCUUCUGGACCUGGAGCAGAACUCUCUGCCUGGCAUCGCCCAUCUCGUGGUCGAGACGAUGAUCAUCUCGGAUCAGAUCAGAGCAGAGGAGAGACCCAGUGUCCUUCGAGCUCUGCUCCUCAAACACAGCCAUCCAAGUGAUAUGAAACAUCGAUUUCACCGCCACCAGUCCUCCAACAGUCUCCACGGGAGCUUCAAUCACAACCACGUCCAGGACACGAGUCUGCCCCUAGUGGCCGAGCAGCACGACGAGCACCAGGAAAACAAAGGCCCAGAGUACGACCCCAAACAAGACGUGUUUGUCAGCCUCUUUAAAUCCCUCCACCCUCUGCCUCCUGAGAGCCAUCCAGCUGCAGCCAGAUCUAUGAAACUCCUCGCCAAGAUUCCCAAAGAUGCUGAAGCUGUGAUUGUUUUAGUUGGCUGCGUUGAGUUUCUGGAGCAGCCGGCCAUGGCCUUCGUCAGGCUGAAUGAAGCCGUCCUUUUGGAGUCGGUGCUCGAAGUCCCCGUCCCUGUUCGGUUUAUUUUCGUCCUGCUUGGUCCCAGUCAGUCCAACGUGGACUAUCACGAGAUCGGGCGCUCAUUCGCCACCCUCAUGUCUGACAAGAAUUUCCAUGAGGUGGCCUACUUUGCUGACAAUAGGCAGGACCUCCUGAACGGCAUCAACGAAUUCUUGGACUGCAGCAUCGUCAUUCCACCCUCAGACGUGGCGGGGAAAGACCUCCUGAAGACAGUGGCCGACUUCCAGAAGCAGAUGCUGCGCAAGAGAAAGGAGAGAGAGCUGAAGAGGCACCAGUCCAUAGCAGGAAUGGAGCUGGAUCACAAAGAGGUGAGUCCAGAGGAGGAGGAGGAGGGAGACCAGGAGGUGGACCCAUUGAAGCGCUCAGGGAUCCCUUUCGGAGGCCUGAUCCAUGACAUCCGCCGCCGGUACCCACACUAUGUCAGCGACCUAAAAGACGCCCUGGACAUGCAGUGCCUAGCUGCUGUCAUCUUCAUCUACUUUGCUGCUUUAUCACCCACUAUUACCUUUGGAGGCCUGCUGGGGGAGAAAACAGAGGGCAUGAUGGGAGUGACCGAGCUCAUUAUUUCAACUGCGACUCUUGGAGUGAUAUUCUCACUGCUUGCUGGACAGCCCCUCCUCAUCAUCGGCUUCUCUGGACCCUUACUGGUGUUUGAGGAAGCCUUCUACAAGUUCUGUCAGGCCUAUAACUUUGAGUAUCUGACCGGUCGAGUGUGGAUCGGUUUCUGGCUCAUCUUCAUCGUCCUGGUGAUCGUGGCAGCAGAGGGCAGCUUCAUGGUCCGCUACAUCUCACCCUUCACACAGGAGAUAUUCGCUUUUCUCAUCUCCCUCAUCUUCAUCUAUGAGACGUUCUCUAAGCUCUUCAAGGUGUUUCAAGAGCAUCCACUGAUGGCUAUGUACCCCACUGACUCCACCACUAAAGCCAGGAUUGAGGAAUACGACGGCCCCAUCUUCAACCAGCCCAACACUGCUCUUCUGUCUCUGGUUCUCAUGAUGGGAACUUUCUUUGUUGCAUUCUUCCUCAGGAAGUUCAGAAACAGCCGAUUUUUAGGUGGCAAGGCCAGAAGAAUCAUUGGUGACUUUGGUAUCCCCAUCUCCAUCCUGGUUUCAGUGCUGGUGGAUUACUCCAUUACUGACACUUACACUCAGAAACUCAACGUGCCGUCAGGCUUUUCUGUCACAUCCCCUGAGAAGAGAGGCUGGUUCAUCAGUCCCUUCGGUGACAAACAGCCCUUUCCGACCUGGAUGAUGGGAGCAUCUGUGGUCCCGGCCCUUCUUGUUUUCAUUCUCAUCUUCAUGGAAACCCAGAUCACCUCUCUGAUAGUGAGUAAGAAGGAGCGUCGCCUGGUCAAAGGCUCUGGCUUCCACCUAGACCUCCUGCUCAUUGUCAUCCUGGGCGCCAUCUGCCCUCUUUUCGGUUUACCGUGGCUCACCGCGGCAACCGUGCGCUCCGUCACUCACGUCAACGCACUCACGGUCAUGAGCAAAGCCACUGCUCCCGGCGAGAAGCCCAUGAUCCAGGAGGUGAAGGAGCAGAGGAUGACUGGACUUCUCGUGGCUGUGCUCGUCGGUAUGUCCAUGGUGAUGACGGACGUCCUCUGCCUCAUCCCUCUGGCCGUGCUCUUUGGCAUCUUCCUGUACAUGGGGGUCACCUCUCUGACGGGCAUCCAGCUCUACGAACGUAUUACGCUCAUGGUCACGCCUGCCAAGCACCACCCCGACCACAUCUACGUCACCAAGGUGAAAACCUGGCGUAUGAACAUGUUCACCAUCGUCCAGCUGGCCUGCAUCGUGGCUCUGUGGGUAGUGAAGUCCACCGUGGCCUCGCUGGCCUUCCCCUUCGUCCUCAUCAUGACGGUGCCGCUGCGCCGCCUCGUCCUCUCCAGGAUUUUCGAGGAACGUGAGCUCCAGGCGCUCGACUGCGACGAAGACUCUCCCAACUUUGACGAAGACGGACGAGACGAAUACAACGAGAUCCACAUGCUUGUAUAAAUUCUAAACCGGACUCAUGAAAAGAAAAGAGUCUCCACUGUCCUCAGGCUGCGACCGGUCACAACCAACAAGUGUCUGUGGAAACGAGAAAACGAGAGGAGCUUUGUAAAAUAUACGAUGAGCCCUCCUUGUCUUUGUCGUUGCCGUCCGUUAAACCGCACACCUAAUGUUAGAUCGUUUGUGGUGAUGGUGUCGUGUUAACCUCCCUCCACAUAUUAUUCUGACAGAGGCCAGGAAAUAGAAACGAGCCUGAAGCAGACGAUGCAAACCUCGCGUUUUCUCCCGUGUAUCCCUUUAAUUACUCUGCAGGUUCUGGGCAUGAGUGCAAUCACGAUGGUGACUAUAGGACCACGCCAAACUAUGGAAAAGGACUUUUUUGUUUUCUCCUCAAAAUUCCUAAUUGUUGAGAUAAACUGACCCUAAAUUGUGAAAGCUCUGAGUGAACUUCACUGCCUCUGUUCUACUGCCUAUAGGUCACAACCACGUGAAAAACCAGUUUUCUUUCUGUAGAGACUUUUAGUAAAGAGCACUUUGACUGGGCGAGAGUUCACGUUUGUUGCUGCCAGCCGAGCUACCUGGCCCGAAGCCUAAGGUCUAAAUGUCGUCUCCCCUCGAAGCCAAACCCCCAGAGACUGUGUGAGCCUCUUCUAGGGCCAUCGCUGUACUUUGUACCAGACACUGAGCCCAUCACGGUGUAAGUAAAUGGUUCUGGACGUGACGCUGGAGGCAGAUUCUCAGCAGCGCGUGAAGAGUUAACCUGGAAAACAUUGUGAAGGUUGACACAUAUUCAGAACAGAAGAAAGAUGUCAUCAUUCACCCCCUCGUUCCUUUCAUCUUCCAUAGUGCGCUGCAUUUUUCACACAUGUCAUGAAUAAUAUAAUAACACGCCUCAAUGGAAAAGCAUAGAAACGGAGUAAAAAAAAAAAAAAAAAACGCUGGGGAGCAGCUGAGUGUUGGUAGAACGUAUGAAUGAUGCCUUGUACAGAACGACCAUGAGCCUGGAAUUAUAAUAACGUACCAUCUGUGUUGGGAAGACGUGCUCCGAAACACCAACAAAUGUUUUCACCUCCCAUUGAUUAAAACUAGUUCAGUCCUGGUUCCUCGACGGCCACAGAAACAGUUCUACAGAAUCAGACACUAGAUACGUACGUUCUCAAAGCUGAAACCAUGUGAGAUGCUACAACCAUUUCAAAGAGCAGGAAGACACGAUGUCACCGUUCCUCAGAUAACGUUUAGCACAGAGGAGUGUUAGGGACACAAAUGAGGCAAAUGUGAGACGAGGUAGAAACGUUUGGAAGCAAGUUUAAAUUUGUUCAUAAAAGAUCAUAGUUUCUACUUUGCAACAAAAUUAACAUGAUUAUUAUAUAAAGAGUAAUUUAUCAGGAGACAUUUUUUGGAGUUUUUCUUUCUUCAUAGUUUCCUCCUCUGACUUUAACAACAUCAUGACAUAUAUGAGGCAUUCGUCCCUCAACAGUUAUUUAUAUGAAGACUCUCAGACAAAGAGUUAACGUGAAUAAUGUAAACUGUGAGUUUUACUUUUGCACUAAAGUUGUGACUCUUUCAAAUCUCCUCGACUCUAAAACUAAACUCUUCUUCUUUUCUUCUGCUGACAUUUAUUCAGAAAUGAUCUGGUAACAUUAAUGUUCACCUGAAGAUAAACUGAGGAAAAUGGUUCUUAUCAAUAAAAGUGUGAUCAUGUAGUAAAAACAUCCCAGAAUAAAACAGAACUCCUGCUGCUUUUAGAGAAAAGCAUCGUGAACAGAAACAUGAAGUUGCUUCCAAACGUUUUUCCUGAAGUGGAGAUUUUUUUUCCAUCGUGCACUUUGAGAAAAUGUGGAGAUUGAAGUCGACCUUUCUGAGACGAUAAGAACCACAAAGUGCCAUGCAGGGAGUUGGAUGAAAUGGUGAAACUAUUCGUCAGACUGAGGAGGAUCAUUAAGGCCACUGCUCUUUAUUUAUUUAUAUAUUUAUUUAUUUACGUAUAUUUAUGUGUAUUUGCUGCCGUUACUUCAUCUUCCAUGAAUGAGACGUCUCUUUCCAGCUUGUGGGUUCAGUCUCCAAAGUCCUGAUUCUGAGAACUACCUGUGUUUGUGAGCUGGUCCCAAGUCUAGUUUCACCACUUCAUCCCAAUGCUCUUUUUUCUUCAUAUUGUAUUUUGACUUUUUUCUCCAAGUGCAUGAUUUUUGGCCCUAACGCUCCUCUGAUACACGACCCAGAUCCAAAACCUUUCUGUAAAUUACUACCAAAUAUACGUAAACCCUCUGAAAUGUACUUCUAAUGGUCAGUACUCUACUAUUAUUUACGUAUAUGAAAAUAAAAGCGUAGUAUAGCUCAUUUCAUCUGACCCUGUCCUACAUAAUGAGCCAUGCACCGAUUCUGUCUCAGGGGAAACUGACCUUCGAUCUGUAAAUAUUUCUUCCCAGGCUUUAGUUUGUCGUCUCUUUUGUGUACAUAAAGCGGUCAAGGCAAUCCAGUGACUUACAGUCCCAGCUUGUGUGUUAUACAAUAAAAAAAAAGAAAGAAAGAGAGAAAAAAGGAGGUUAAAGCCAAGAGAAUUAUGUGUUUACUCCAGCAAAGUGACGUAGAAGUUUACCGAUAAAUUUAUCUCCGUUCUCUUCAGGCUUCCAGUGGAAACUCCACUUUCAUGUGAAUCGAACACCUGCUGGAGUCGGUUUCAUUCCCCCCUAAAGUUAAUGAGUCACAGAACGUGCUUUACAUUAGCGCUCUGCAGCAGCUUCAUUUAAAACGCGCUGCGUUAUUAAUGGACCUCUUCAGCUGUGUGUUUGUGUUUCGAGGUUCUGCAAAGAUUGCAACAGCAAAACGUUUCUGUUCCUGACAUUAAUGAAUGUACGUGUCGACCGACCACGAGUUCAUGGGCGUGAUUCUGAAAAAAGUUAGACUGCCAGUGAAUUCUUUUUUAGACUGAGAAAAGUAGGUUUUACUGAAUCCUUUCACGCUCACAUUUUGGUUUAUUUUGUCUUUGAAUAGCUAGUUUUUAUUUAACCUAACUACACAACAAGCACAUGCUUAUUAUUAACCGUAUGAUACACGUUGCUCAGCUGCAGUGCUUCUGAGAAAUACAUUCAUUUACUUUCUGAUCCAGUGGAGGAUCUAUUUAAAGAAGCCCUUUGUCGUCUGAGAAGACGAGUCUGUUAAACCACUCAACGCAUCCAUGUGGGUUUAAACGUAAAGUCCGUGCGUGUAGAGUCGACCCUAUAGACGGAACCACAAUGUGCUCGUAGCUAAACAUCCUUUCUGUAUUUGCACAAGAGCAAAAAGUGGAAUUGCCGGUGUUAUUUCAGAUGAUAAGAGGCGUGGUGCUGCCCCUCAGCUCCACCGUCUGGGCAUUAAAUGUUGAUGAUGAAAAGAGAAAUAGUCUGGUUGACCCUAGAAAAGCUCGUCCACGUCCGUGCUCCAGCUCACCACAUUCUGUCGCCUCCUCGUACGUCCUGAACAGACCACCCACCCAAAGCUAAGACAAGCCUGUGGUGUUUCUGAACCCGGCGUAAUUCAGCCGAGUUGGUUUGAGUGAGGACGUCUGGUCGUCCUGGUGCUUGUUCUCAGCGCAUGGACCAGUGCGACGGCUUCCACCAGUGUAUGAAUGAGACCAGCUAUGGAGGAGGAGGCUGCUCGUCCCGGGAUUUUCUUAAGGGAAACAGAAUCAUUGUGGAUCUUUUAGAUUCUGCAGGAGCCGCUGAUUAUUCUUUAGUUUCACUUUAUACCAAAGGAUCAGCUCCUUAGCAGGUUUAACUAAUUCUGGUCUUCACUGUCACAUUUUGCAAAUAAAAUAUCAUCAUUUUAUUUGGAUUCAGUGAAAUCUGAGACAUUUGCUACUGUACCACUCAUCUAUAGCCAUAAAGCUUCUCAUAAAACCUCUGUGUUAAAGAAGGAGAUUUCUCUGUGUCUGAGAAAACCGCCGUGCUUCCCCUCCGCCCGCUCCGUAUCCAGCUCCCUCCCAUGUCUUCUGUUUACUACAGCUACCACUGCUCCACGGUGCUGGACGCAGAGCGCAUCAUGUUCACGCUACAGGGACUCGUUAGAUCUAGUGCUACAGUAAAAAGACCAUGAGGGCUGUUCUGGUUGGGUUUUAGAGGCUGACAUGCAGACGGACACUUGAACAGCUGCUCCACCUUCCUAUGGCUGUCGAGAAGUUUUCAAACUAUGUGAAACGUUAUUUUUUUCUGAAAUAAAUAUUUAUUAUGUGUUUCAAA